AUGUUGAAAUUAUUUAAGAGGAUUGGCAGAAAGAAAGAUAGUAAAAUAGAAGAUUUCUAUGAGUUUGGACCUGAAAUUGGUAGAGGAGCAUUUUCAAUAGUUAGACAGGGUACACAUAAAGAUACAGGUGAUCAAGUUGCAAUCAAAGCAAUAUCUAAACAACAUGUUAGUGAAGCUGAUAUGAAACGUUUCACAAGGGAAAUUGAAAUUAUGAAGAAAUUAAAACAUAAAAAUAUUAUACAACUCAUCGAAGUUUUCGAUUCAAAUGAUUAUCUUUAUUUAGUUUUAGAAUUAAUUAGAGGAGGUGAAUUAUUUGAUAAAAUUGUAGAGAAAGGUAAUUAUUCCGAAAAGGAUGCUUGUAAUUUAGUUAGACAAAUUGUAUCAGCAGUUGAAUAUAUGCAUCAACAUGGUGUUUGUCAUCGUGAUUUAAAACCAGAGAAUCUUUUAUGUUCUGGUGAUGAUGAAAAAGAGGAAAUUGUUAGAAUCGCUGAUUUUGGUCUUAGUAAAAUAUUUGAAGGUGGUGAAGAACUUAAAACUGCAUGUGGUACUCCUGAUUAUGUUGCACCAGAAAUUUUAGAAUGUAAACCAUAUGAUACAUCAGUUGAUAUGUGGAGUAUUGGUGUUAUAACAUAUAUAUUGUUGUGUGGUUUUGCACCAUUCUAUGCGGAUACUCACCAUGAACUAUUUCAAAAGAUUUUAGAUUUAGAAUAUGAUUUCCCUGAACCUGAAUGGAAUGGUAUUACAGAUUUAGCAAAAGAUUUCAUUUCACAAUUAUUAAUUAUAAAUCCUGAAGAAAGAUGGACUGCUUCUCAAUGUAUUAAACAUCCUUGGUUAGCUGAAAACCAUGGAGAUAAAGAAUUAAAAUCAUUGGAUUCAGCAAUUUCUUCAAUGAAAGAUUAUGUUAGAAAUAGAGAAGCAUCAACAUCUAAUAUUUUAAAAAUGAGAGCAUCACAAUCAACACCAAAUUUACAUUCCGCCAAUAGUAAUACAAAUACAAAUAGUUUAAGUAGUAGUAAUAGUAAUAAUACAACCAGUAAUAGUAAUAAUAAUAAUAAUAAUAAUAGUAAUAAUAGUAAUAAUAAUAAUAACAAUAGUAAUAAUAAUAAUAAUAUUAAUAAUAAUAAUAAUAAUAAUAAUAAUAAUAAUAAUAAUAAUAAUAAUAAUAAUAAUAAUAUAUAG